AGAAAUUCUCAUUUCUCACAUAGCAGUUUGCCCUAUCCGUGUGAGCACUAGGAGCGAAGGGGAGAACUGGCCGUCGAAGGAGUGGAACUCGCCGCCGUAGCAGAAAUAGGAAGGAGAAACUGAACUUGAAACAGAUUACCAUUCUAUACCUUCUCUUGCUUUUAUAGCAUACACUGAUUCUUCAACAGUCCGAAUUCUGAAGCCAUACCCAUGGAAGGAGAAGCUGUUGAUUUCCAAGACUGGGAACUGCUCCACAAGUCAGAGGAUGAUGCCCCACUCAUGGACUCUGGUAAUUUUGCUGGCGUUGGAGUUGAAACUGAUGGUGGCGUCUUGAGGCAUGAUUAUUUCUCUAUUGAUGGUCAAAACAAAUAUGCCACAAAUGUUUCAGGAGAGGGUGAUGGGACUGAAGAGGGUUCUGUGGAGUCUGAUAACCCGAGCUGGGUUGAUCCUACCCUUGAAACUAGUCAAUAUAAGAGGAAUAAUUCAAGUGAGUUUUGGUCUGAUUCGAGCAGUGAUCGUUCUGAGGAGCGGAAGACUCAUGAUUUGGAUGUGACAAGCGAAUUGGCUUUGGCAGAAAUGAUGAAAAGCCGUGCAGUUUCUGAAGGAAUGGGGGAAAUGGAAGCAAAGAGUAAGAAUUUUGCUAAAUUAGGGUCUCAUGAUUUGAAUGUGACUAUGGAAUCAAAUAUUUUCAACAAUUCAAGAGGCCAAGAUUCUGCGAAAGUUGAUUUGUCGGACAAGAGCUUGGAGAAGUGCUUUUAUGAUUCUGAUGGUGAUGAUUUGGGAUCACAUAAUCAUGCGAAGACUCUUGAGACAUCAAAGUCUUCUGAUGGAUUAGAAGGAGAUAUGGAUUCAGCGAAAUCAGACCAAGAGGAGGAAUGUUCAGUUGAGAGUAAGAGUAUUCAAGUAGCAGAAAUGAAAUCUGAUUUGACUCCAGGGGGUGUUGGAGAGAAGAGAAUAGUAUGGUGGAAAGUUCCAUUUGAAGUCGUAAAAUACUGUGUUUUUAAGGUGAGCCCUGUGUGGUCUAUCUCUAUGGCUGCAGCUUUCAUGGGAUUUAUUAUCUUGGGAAGGAGAUUGUAUAAAAUGAAGCAAAAGAGCCAAAGCUUAAAGCUGAAGGUUACCUUGGAUGAUAAGAAGGUGUCUCAGUUCACGGCUCGUGCUGCACGUCUGAACGAAGCAUUUUCCGUUGUGAGACGCGUACCUGUGAUACGGCCUGCGCUGCCAGCUCCAGGGAUGACUCCAUGGGUUGUGAUGAGUAUGAGAUGAAGGCCGUUAGCAAGUUCCAUGGCAGGAAGUACAGUAAAAUGCGAUUAUGGUUGUAAUAUACAUGGAUACCUUCGCCUUUAUUUGGAAGGACAUAUUUGUAUUAUGUUAUAGCUUUGAAAUUCUAUACCUUUGCAGGGCCUUGUUGAAUCAUUCCUGGCUUGCUUAUAUAUUGUACAAAUGAAUUAUAUGUUUCCUGUGUGUACUCAGUGGAAAGAACAAGAUUGAGUCAAAGGUUUAUAGUGCUUUAAUAUUAUUUCUAUUUAUUGUCUCAUA